GUUCACUCUGCUCUCAUCGCACUUAGUGCGACCCUGGCUGCUGCCGUCAAGCCCCUCACCGUCAAGGGCAAUGCCUUCGUCACCGAGGGCGGCGAGAAGUUCCAGAUCGUUGGUCUCGACUACCAGAUUGGCGGCAGCGCUGGCUACGAUCCCAAGCACAACAAGGAUCCCCUCAGCGACGCUGAUGUCUGCAUGCGCGAUGCUGCCCUCCUCCAGCGUCUUGGUGCCAACACCAUCCGUGUCUACAACUUGGACCCCAACCUGAACCACGAUGCUUGCGCCUCCAUCUUCAACGCCGCUGGCAUGUACAUGGUCCUCGACGUCAACUCUCCCCUGGUUGGCGAGAGUAUCUCCAGCUUCGAGCCCUGGACCAGCUACUACGCCGCUUACAUGAACCGCACCUUCGCCAUCGUCGAGGCUUUCAAGAACUACCCCAACACCCUGGCCUUCUUCUCCGGCAACGAGGUUAUGAACAACGUUGAGACCGCCAGGGAUGUCCCCCCUUACCUGCGCGCCAUCACCCGUGACUUGAAGAACUACAUCUCCAAGCACUCCGACCGCAAGAUUCCCGUCGGUUACUCCGCUGCUGACGUUCGCUCCAUUCUCGUCGACUCCUUCAACUACCUGACUUGCGCCGAGAACGGUGACGCCAACGACCCCAGCAAGGCCGACCUUUUCGGUCUCAACUCCUACUCCUGGUGCGGUGAAUCCAGCUUCAAGACGUCCACCUAUGACCAGCUCGUUGCCGACCUGAAGGAUACCUCUGUGCCCGUCUUCUUCUCUGAGUUUGGCUGCAACAAGGUUACCCCUCGCGUCUUCACCGAGAUUCAGUCCAUCUACGGCUCUGACAUGAACUCCGUCUUCUCCGGUGGUCUCGUCUACGAGUACAGCCAGGAGGACAACAACUACGGUAUUGUCAAGGUCAACGCCGACAAGUCUGUCAAGCUUCUCGUCGACUACGACAACCUGGCCACUCAGUACAAGAAGGUCGACUUCAAGACCCUCCAGGCUACCAAGGCUUCCUCUUCCUCGCCCAAGGCUCCCAAGUGCGACUCUUCUCUGAUCACCGAGAAGGGCUUCAACAACAACUUUACCCUGCCUGCCGUCCCCCCUGGCGGUCAGGAUCUGAUCGACAACGGCAUCAGCCCCAAGCCUUCCGGCAAGAUCAUCACCAUCUCUGACUGGUCCGUCAAGUACAAGGUCUACGCCUCCGACGGCACCACCGAGCUCACCAACCUCGCUGUCUCCCCUCUGUCUGGCGAUGACUCCAACACACCCGGUACCAACACCGCCGGCGGAACCCAGGCCGCCACUGGCACUGGUGCCGCUGCUACCAGCACCCCAACCUCUACUGGCGGCGCUACCAGCGCUGGAAUUUCCUUGCGUCCUGAGGUCAUGGCCUUGGCUGCCCCUCUUCUUGCUCUUCUUUUCUUGUAA